AAUGGUCCAUCCCUCCUGGAUCUGAGUGCUGGUUUGCUGGCCACUAACUGCACCCUGGGGGCCUCCACACCUUACUAGAGGGCCCCCAGACAGCCUGCAGAGCCAGGCUUGUGUAGGGAGCUGCUACAGCUCCCACAUGCCCAUUGGGAGUUUUCUCUGAGGCAGGGCAUACUUGCACCUGGCCUUCCUGCUGUCAAGCUCAUGCAGUUGGGUGGGUAGGCAGGCCACUACUGAAGGGCCAGGAGCAACGUCCUCUUCCUGAAGGCAUCAAGUGGGUGGAGCUGAUAGCCCUGGGAAGAGUUUAAUGCUAAGAGGUCAGAGCAGGCUGGGAUUACUCACCCCUCCCAGCUCAUCCUGAGCAGCCCAGGCUGACAGAGUCCCACUCAGGAGGCCUGCUGAUAUCUGCUCCUACUCGCUCACAGGGAUGUCAGGACCAAGGCCUGUCGUCCUGAGUGGACCUUCUGGGGCUGGAAAGAGCACCCUGCUCAAGAGACUUCUGCAGGAGCACGGCAGCAUCUUCGGGUUCAGCGUGUCCCACACCACGAGGGACCCGAGGCCUGGAGAGGAAAAUGGCAAAGAUUACUACUUUGUGACCAGAGAAGUGAUGCAGCGGGACAUUGCUGCUGGGGACUUCAUCGAACAUGCUGAGUUCUCAGGGAACCUGUAUGGGACUAGCAAAGCAGCUGUGCGUGUGGUGCAGGCCAUGAAUCGAAUCUGUGUGCUGGAUGUGGACCUCCAGGGUGUACGAAACAUAAAGAAGACUGACCUGAGGCCCAUCUACAUCUUUGUGCAGCCACCCUCACUGGAAGUCCUGGCACCUCAGGAGCAGAGGUUGCGGCAGCGGAACACAGAGACAGAGGAGAGCCUGGCCAAGAGGCUGGCUGCUGCCCGGGCAGACAUGGAAAGCAGCAAUGAGCCCGGCCUGUUUGACCUGAUUAUCAUCAAUGACAGCCUGGACAAGGCGUACUGGACCCUGAAGGAGGCACUCUCGGAGGAAAUCAAGAAGGCUCAAGGGACUGGCUGUUCCUGAGGAUGCCAACAUCUGUCCUCCCUGGACCAGGACCCUGCACCCAUCUCAGUGGCCAGGGUGUCUCUGGCUACCUUUUUCAUUUUGCUCUCCAUGCCCAUUUCUGAGUGCCCCCUGAUCAAUCCCACUCUCCUGUGGAAACUAGGUCUGCAUCUUAAUAAAGAGCUGCUGGUUAGAGUGUA